AUGCGAUCUUAUAUGCAGAUUCUUCAAAAAUUUGUCAAAUUCAUUGGGCCAGGGAUUAUGGUCAGCGUGGCUUAUAUGGAUCCGGGAAAUUAUGCUACUAGCGUUUCUGGUGGUGCUCAAUACAAAUACACCUUAUUAUUUGCCAUUUUCAUAUCCAACAUUUUCGCUGUACUUUUGCAAUGUCUUUGUGUAAAACUGGGAACUGUUACUGGUUAUGACUUGGCUGAAAACUGUCGCCAUAAUCUGCCUAAAAAGCUAAAUUAUACCCUUUACUUUUUUGCUGAAGUGGCAAUCAUUGCCACCGAUCUGGCUGAGGUUGUAGGUACUGCCAUUGCACUACAAAUUCUUUUCAAAAUACCACUGACUUGGGGUGUCUUAUUAACGGUGUUAGAUGUUCUGAUAAUCUUGAUGUUCUACACACCAAAUGGUCAGUCCUUGAAAAAAGUUAGGGUUUUUGAAUUUGGUGUCGGCCUUCUAGUCAUUGGUACUUGCAUUUGUUUUGUUUUAGAAUUGUUUAAAAUUUCGAUUCCUGAUAAAGCAGAGUUAUUUAAGGGGUUUUUGCCUUCAAAUAUCAUCUUUAAGGAACAACAGGCUCUUUACAUCUCACUAGGUAUAUUAGGUGCCACUGUUAUGCCCCAUUCGUUGUAUUUGGGUUCAUCCAUUGUUAAACCAAGACUGCAAGAUUAUGAUUUGAAGAAAUACGGUAAAGUUAAUCCUCGUCCAAGUUUAAAUGCUAUAAAAUAUUCGUUAAACUACGCAUAUGCUGAAUUGAUCAUUUCCCUGUUUUUGAUUGCCACUUUUGUGAAUUCCGCUAUUUUAAUUGUUGCAGGUGCUACACUAUCCGGUCAGCCUGAGGCAGAAGAUGCUGAUUUAUUAUCGAUUUAUAAACUGCUAGUCCAUUACAUAUCUCCCGCAGCAGGGCUAAUUUUUGCACUGGCUAUGUUAUGUUCAGGGCAAUCUGCAGGUAUCAUCUGCACACUUGCAGGACAAAUCGUCUCAGAGGGGUUUUUACAGUGGUCUUUGCCACCCUGGGCUACAAGACUGUGCACCAGAUUAAUUGCCAUAAUACCAUGUUUAUUUGUUACUUUAACCAUGGGUGAGAAGGGAAUUUCAGAUAUUUUGAACUUUUCUCAGGUGGUAUUAUCCUUAAUCUUACCAAUCGUCUCCGCUCCUUUAAUUUACUUUACCGCAAAUAGAAAAUUAAUGGUUGUUCACGAUGAGAACGGAGUGGUAAGAGCCCCUACCGAUGUUAACGUCAUCUCAGAUGAGACUACUCCUUUGAACUCGAAGCACAGUAAAAUUGUUGAUUUUACAAACAGCCGUUUAUUAACCUAUUCUUCUAUCUUUGUAUGGGCUUUGAUAGGCAGUUUGAACUGUUAUUUGGUGGUUUCUUUUUGUUUAGGCGCUGACAUCCACUUUUAG